AUGAAAAAAGUUACCAUAGCCUGGCAAAAUGCCGAUUUUACCCCUCCAAGUAGACUGCACAAGAGUCCAAAGGAAGGAGAAAAUAAGGCAGGCAUGAGACUAGCUCUCUUGAGAAGUCAAGAAGAAGCCAAUACAGAAAAUUGUUUGAAGUAUAUCAACAGAAAUGAUUCAAAUUUAAGUGCCAUACAAUAUUCCAAAGUUUACGGGGCUAACGAAAGUAUUAAUGAAAAAAUAGUAAGAAAUUUAAGUGUACCAGUUGUCAAUGAGAAAAUUAAUUCUCAUAUAAUUGAAGAGUCAAAUCAAAAUUCAAUUGUGUCAGAAAUACCAUGGUAUUUAAAAGUUCCUUUGCUUCCUAUACUUUUUGCUUCUUCACCAACCCUUCCUGAAGGAAAAUGCAAGAGACAAGCUGAAAGAUAUCUUCAAGAUUUAAAAAAUGGAACUCUUUGGGCUGUUCGCAUGUUUGAUUCAUCAACAAAAUAUCCUGAAGGAAUAAUAGCGGGUCAAACUAGGCACUUGGGAAACUUUGAUGAGUGUUAUGGAUUGAAAGCUAAUGUACCAAGUUAUUCAUCAAGUUCUGAUCUUGAUGUAAUCCAAGGAAAAUAUUGUCUAGUCAGAGUCGAAUACAAGAAAUUCACUAAUUCAGACAAAAGUAGUGGCCCUUACACACUUGAUUUUGACUUGAACAGCUCAGCGUGGGACGCAAUCAAGGAAAAGGGGGAUUUUCGUCGAGUGAAACGUUACAAGCUGGAAUUAGCACUUUGUGUACCAGACACUUGCCAUGAAACAGAAAUUGAAACAGCUUUACAAGAACCACUAGAAAAAUUUGCUACUGAACAUCAAAUUCUAAUUAAUGUUAGAAUAAAAGGUCAUUGUCAAACACGAAAAGAUGAACCUGAGUUUUCUACUUUGGCCAAAAUUUACUGUUAUGGACUUCUAAGUCUCAUUGUCUUAGUAAUAAUGAGUACUUGGUAUGAUAAAAUCGGAAAAGUUCGUGAAGAAGAUAGUAAAUCAUUUUUAGUGGAAAUUUUACUUUGUUUUUCUGCUAGUCGUAAUUAUAAAAGCAUAACAGAAGUAUCAUAUAAGCAUCCAGGACUCGAUAGCAUUCAUUUACUUCGUACUAUUUACAUGUGCAUAGCUAUUGUUGGUCAUAGAAUGAUGCAAUAUUAUACAAAUCCAAUUGUCAAUUCUGAAUAUUUAGAACAAAGUUAUACAUUUGAAUCUUCAAUUUUGAUCUACAAUGGUCCAAUAAUAGUUGAAGCUUUCUUUGCAUUUGGAGGAUUAUUACUUGCCUAUCAUCUGUUAAUUGAAUUGGAUAAGAAGAAAAAUAUCAAUUUCAUAUCAGCAAUUUUAAUUCGCUAUUUUAGAUUAACACCAUCAUAUCUCAUACUUAUAAUGUUUAUAACGUUAAUUUUACCUCAUCUUGGUUCAGGACCUUAUUGGAAUUAUAAAAUAGGAUUUGAAAGCGAAGCAUGUGCCAGUAGUUGGUGGGCAAAUAUUCUCUACAUCAAUAAUUAUGUUAAUACUGACAAAUUGUGUAUGUUCCAAUCAUGGUACCUUUCUGUGGAUUAUCACUUAUAUAUAAUUGCUUUGUUUGUUAUUUAUUAUUUUUGGAAAAUGCCAAGAAAACUUGGAUACCCAUUUAUUGUUGCCAUUAUUUUAUUAGGAUGUUUAAUACCGUUUUGCAUAACUUAUUUUAAUAAUGUUCAACCUAUCUUUAAAGGAUUACCUUACAUGCAUGAAGUAAAAGAUGAUCCUUACUUCAUUCAACAUUACAUAAAAACACAUGAGCGAUUAGCUACUUAUUUUGUUGGAGUUUUAGCUGGAGCUAUUAUCUACGAUUAUGGUUUAACUCCUAAAACAAUUCCAACAUAUUUAUUGAAAGUACCAUUCAUCUCAAUAACUGUUCUUUUGGGAAUAAUGUCACAAAUAUUAGGACAGAAAUUUUAUAACCCCAAUAUUAAUCCAUCAUCGUUUGAAACUGCUCUUUAUGCUAGCUUAUGCAGACCUAUUUUUGCAUUAGCAGUUGUUUCUGCAGUGAUCUUUUUGACUAUUGAUAAUGGAUUCUGUUCUAGUUAUAGGUACUUCAAACCACGAUGGGCCCAACCAAUGUCUAGAUUAACUUACGGAGCAUAUUUAAUUCAUCAUAUCAAUCAAAGUUAUGAUAUUGGAGUGGCUCGUCAUGCAAGAACUUUUUCAGCUCAUAAUAUCUUGUGGGAUUUAGUGCCAGAUAUUGGAAUGUCUUUCUUCUUGUCAUUCAUUCUUGCACUACUUGUGGAAGGUCCAUUCAGAAGAAUCGAAAAGAGAUUUAUUAUAAGACAACUAAAUAGCAAAAUAAUCAAUAAAGCAUAUAGACCUAAUGAAGCAACAAUCAAAAAGAAAAAAGAAUAA